AUGGCCGCCGCAUUUCCCGCAAGCAGCCACACUCGGUCGCUGCUCAUCAUCGUGCUCGUCGCGCUCUGCGCGUCGUUUCUCCUCCUCCCUCUGUUCUCCUCCCAGCCGCCCUCCGAGCGCGGUUCGACACCCCGUUUCGACACGUCAUCAUCAGUCCCAGCAGCUACACUUCAAUUGAACCCAAGCCAACCGUUAUUCAGCUCGCAGCAGCUGAUUGGCUCGUUAGUCCCGCAAAUAGCGCCAGUCGACGUGGCAGUGCCAUCCGAACGUCUCGAGGCGCGAGUGAAAGAGCUCCUGGCCGCUUGGGAUCCGACACGUGCCAUUUCGCCUUCAACUGAAACGGAUAGAAAAGGACGAAAUGCGAAAAACGGACGGAAAAAGCGGGGGAAGAGCGCGAAGGGGAACGCUCCUGCCAAUGCCGCGGAGGAGGAAACAGCUUCCCCGUUAGGCGAAUCCGCGAAAGAACCUCUUCCCCCGGCCCCGCCGGUCCCCCGCGCGCCCCAUCUGGUGGAUUGCGCGGAGCGCGCGAGGCUGCACCGCGAGGAGUGGUGGGCGGCACGGCCUGCGGACGGAUCGCUUCCGCCGUGGGCUGUGGCGUGGCAGGCGCGCGAUCAUGCGUCGCGAGACCCGCGCGCAUACGAGAUGCUUCCGCGGAGGGAGAGAGCGGUGGACAGGGAAGGGGAGGAGGAAGGGGAAAAGGAAGAGGGGGAGGGCGAGGAGGAGGAUGAGGGGGUGAGAGGGAGGGAAGUGAGGGAGAAGGCGGAUCAUGGUGGGGGCGCAGGUGCUCAUGUAGCAACAGCUGCUGCUAGUAGUGUUGGCGCUGCUGCUGCUGCUGCUGCUGCUGCUGAGACAGCUGAACCUUCUUCCCAGCAAUUUUCUCUGAGCACGGAUGCUGACGUCAUAGCGGAGGGGCCGUUUCCGCCAUGGGUGGAGGGCGGGGAGGGCGCCAACCUGCCGCUGACGCGACUCGUGCAGACCCACCUGUGGCGCCGCCAGUUCCCCGCCAACUGCUCCCUCCCCCAUGUGCGGUGCGCUCCCCCUCCCCCCGUCCCCUCUUCCGCCCAUCCUCCCUUCCGCCCAUCCUCCCUUCCGCCCAUCCUCCCGUUCAUGUACGCGGCGUUUGAGCGCCGGCGGCGAGACGGCUUUGAAAAGCAGCUGGCAUACAUGGCGGCAGCGCUGGGGCAGGCGGUGCAGCAGGGGCGCGUGCUGGUGGCUCGCACUUACGAUCGCGCCCAGCACGCGGGGUUGCUGGUGGUGGCAGCGCUGGGGCAGGCGGUGCAGCAGGGGCGCGUGCUGGUGGCGCGCACGUACGACCGCGCCCAUCACACGGGGUGUGACGGGGAGGCCAAUGCGCAUUGGCACUGCUACUUCCUCCCUGAGACGUCUGAUGAGUGCCGCAGGCGGGUGAAAGUGCUAUCAGAGCUUCCUUCCAGCUAUGUGGGCCCAGACCCCAAGUCACGGGGCAGCUGCCUUUUGAGUCGAUUCGAAAGUCAUCCUCUUCCUCCCUACAACCCCUCUCCACAGAAGCGGGUGAAAGAGCUGUUAGAGCUGCCUUUUGAGUCGAUUCGAAAGUCAUCCUCUUCCUCCCUACAACCCUCUCCACACAGGCGAGUGAAAGAGCUGUCAGAGCUGCCUAGUAGCUAUACAGGCGCAGACCCCCUUAUAGUCACGGGCCGUAGAGUCACAGAGGCGCCGCUGGAGGAGUGGGGCGAGGGCGAGGGGGACGAGGGCGACGCUGACGUGGCAGCUGCAGAGAAUCCAGCCAAUCAGGUCCCAUCUGUCGACAGCUCGGCCAAUGAGGGUGUAGAAGAAGCGAAACCGGGCAGGACCGGGUCAGCAGCUGAAUAUUUUCGAGCGGAGGUCCCGAGGGUGUGGGGGAAACCGUGGCUAGAUAUGGUGGGGCGAGUAGGGGAGCCAUGGGGUGUGGGGGGAGUAGGAGCAGGGGAAGAGGCCAUGGGGGGGAUAGGAGGGGGGGGAGGGGUGGAGGAGGAUGGGAGUGGGGGAGGCAGAGGAAGGGACGAUGGGGUGAAUGGAAGCCGAUCGGAUCCGAAGCAACUGAAUCGGCUGAAGCACCUGUGGUGGCGCGCCCAGGCGCUGCGCUUCCUGCUGCGCGCGCCCUCCCCCUAUCUCUGCCACGUCAGCAAUGUCAUCCGGCACGCUGAGUUUGGGCCAGUGGCCGCACGGAUGGCUGCGCUGGGGGAAGCUGCUGUGGCCCACGCUGACGUGGCAGGUGAGGUAGGGAGGGAUUGCGAUGGGAGGGAUUGCACGUGGGAGGAGUGUGAGUGCGUUGCAACUCUCUUGUCCCUCGUGGCUCACUUUUCUCUCUCCUUUCCCUCUCUCUUUUCCCUCUCUCUUUUCCCUCUCUCUUUUCCCUCUCUCUUUUCCCUCUCUCUUUUCCCUCUCUCUUUUCUCUCACUCUUUUCUGUCUCUCUUCGGUUCUCAGAUUACAAGCAUACCUCUCUUACAUCUCUCACAUCUCUCACAUCUCUCUCCAUGGAGAGUGACCUGUGGCGGCGGCACCGGGCUGUGUGGGUGCCGCGACCGCUGGUGGGCGUGCACGUGGGGAGAGCAGGGCAAGUGCGCGUGCAGACGGCUGUGCAGAGGACAAUGGGUGCGCUGCUGGCCGUGAGGCAGCACCUCCCUGCUGCCCGCUUCGUGUGGCUCACUGCUGACGAGCAAGAGCCAUUGGAUCAGCUAGCAGCAACCCCCGGGUGGACGUGGUUCGACUCGCACACGCCCCGCCUCUCCUCCUCGUCAUCCACAGGAGCAAGCGCCAAUCAGCAGCAGGUGCUGCAGAAGGUGGUGGGAGCAGCGUUCACGAACCUGCUGGUAGCCCAGCAGGCCGAUGUGUUCAUCGGGUCAACCAAGUCUCCUCGGUCUUACCUCAUCUACGCGCUCCGCUCUACUUCUGGGAAGCUGCAGAGCAGCUUCUUGGACACGGGAGUAUGA